UCAGUAUGCGUGCAACAGAUGCGCACCGGGGAAUAAGCCGUUAAUACCCGGAGGACUCAGAGACUCAUUAAGAGAAAACCUUCCACCGCAUGUAGAAUAACCUCUUUUUGUUUUUUUAAAGAAUUUUGAGAUUUUUUUUAAUUGUGCACUUUUGAAACACUUUGACACGCAUCACUGUGGACUCUUUGCGGAGGUUUCCUGGACAUAUCCAAACAUGGUGGUCCAUGGUGUGUCACCCAAACGCAGGUGCCACAGCAGCAGGUGAAGCUUAAGCUCAGCAGCCUGGACACGCGUGGAAUGAAAGCGUGGAUUUGUCCUAGGGAGCAUGCCGCCCAAGAAAAAGGGAGAGCGUCAGGACUCAGAUGCUGUUGAGGAAAGGAACGCCCAGGUUCAGUUGGAGAAAGCAAAGUACAAGGCCGUGGCCUUUGCAGUACGCUGCAACUUCUCCUACACGCCGGCCGAUGACGACAAUGUACCAGUGCCUGGCCAGGCGGUCACCUUUGAGGCCCGAGACUUCCUCCAUGUCAAAGAGAAAUUCAACAAUGAAUGGUGGAUUGGCCGGCCAGUGAAGGAGGAUGGGGUGGUGGGCUUCAUCCCCAGUCCAGUCAACCUGGAGACCAUCCUGAUCCGACGAGAAGUCCAGGCCAGGAAGGCUGCCAAGGCCUUAGCCAACAAAGCAGCAUCACAAGUGGCUCAAGAUAUGAACUCCAAAAAGUACACGCCUCCUUCACAAGCCAACCAGCAGGUGAAAAAGAAGCCGGGCGAACAGGUCUCCAUGUAUGAUGUCGUACCUACCAUGCGUCCUGUGGUUCUCAUGGGACCAUCAUUGAAGGGCUUGGAGGUUACAGACAUGAUGCAGAAAGCGCUGUUUGACUUUUUGAAGCAUCGAUUUGAAGGCAGGAUCACCAUCACACGGGUCACAGCAGACAUCUCUCUGGCCAAGCGCUCCAUACUCAACAACCCUGCGAAAAAAGCCUUAAUCGACCGUUCUAACACCCGCUCCAAUUUAGAUACUGCUGCCCAGAUCCAGGGUGAAGUGGAGCGCAUAUUUGAACUUGCACGCAGCCUGCAGUUGGUUGUUCUAGAUGCAGACACCGUCAACCACCCUAUCCAGGUUUCCAAGACCUCCCUGGCUCCAAUCCUUGUUUAUGUCAAGAUAUCUUCUCCAAAGGUUUUGACCAGGCUUAUCAAGACCAGAGGAAAGUCUCAGACCAAACAUCUCAACGUUCAGCUGGUGGCAGCAGACAAGCUGGCCCAGUGUCCGCCGGAGAUGUUUGACGUCAUCCUAGACGAGAACCAACUAACGGAUGCCUGUGAACACAUCGCAGAUUAUUUGGAGUCCUACUGGAGAGCCACCCAUCCUCCAGAGAUGGAGCCUGCCAACGCUCUGGUGGCCCAGCUGGCUGAGAACACUCUGCCCACUGGUCCCACUAUCAUACCGGAAGAGCAGAAGAACAAGAAGCCAACAGCCUCCAAGAGAAAGGGUUCCCACGACAACCCCCCCACGCAGGAUACCCCCUCAGCCCAGGAGCAAGGCACCCACAAGGGUCAAAGAGAAGACGAGGAUGACGAGCAUCUCCCGAGGACUGAAGCGAAGCGAGCCCAGCACUCGCGUCAUCACCAUCACCAUCACCGUCAUCACCACCACCACCACAAGAUGGAGCCACAGGAAACAGGACACACCCACAGGCUUCCUUACGGGGUUGUCCCUGAGGAGGAGGAGGAGGAUGAGGAGGUAGUGGUGGAGGAGGACGUUCGCCAUAAACACAGAGAUCGCCAUCAUAACCACCAUCACCACCACCACCAUCAUCAUCACCGUGGUAGCAGCCAGCCGCGCGGCGAGGAGGACUACGAGCAGGAGCACAGUGAACACAACCGGCAACACAGGUCUCCACAUCCGGACCAGAACCCCGCCCACACUUACCAUCAUGGCCACAGCAGAGACAGGGAGAGGACGAAGGUCAGGGAAAGAGACGUGAGGCUGAGGGACUCACACUUUUACUAGUUUUGGUUCCAUCUAUGCAUAGUAUGCAUAUGUACUGGAUGGGCCCUGAACAUCACACCAACUACAUUAUGCUUUUAUUUCUAUCAGACUUUUACUUUGAAGUCCACGCAUGCUGUCAGUACAGUACCAGAAACCACGCACAUAAAACACGGGUUUUGGAACUGUAUUGGCGCCAUAUAUUGACGCAUGUCACAUGAUUACAGUUCAACAUGUCUGAAAAUGAGUAGGAAGAAGCAGAGCUUAUUUAAUUAACCAACUUGUUUGCCAGUUUUUUUUUUUCACUUCCUGUGUUUAAAAGUCACCAUUUUAUUUGCUGUCAGGUGAUUUUAUCGCUCAAGUUGUCCGGAAUCUCCAAGACUUUGGAUUUAUUAGCGCAGGAACCACAUUUGCUAACUCAGAUGUUCAUGUGCCGUCUUUUUCAGAUUUGUAAUGGGAUUUAGGUCUGGGUUCUUUUAUGAAUUGAAAUUGCUAAUUCUUUUUCCUUUCCUUUCCUUUGUGAUUUCCCCCUAAAAAUCUCUGAAUUAUGGGAGUUGGUCUGUUUUUCCCCCCAAAAAAACUAUUUCCCUCGUUUUUAAAAAGAAAAGUGAAAUUUGAAAUUUUUCAAAAGGAACACUAUAAUCAUGAUUUUCAUGAAUCUUUUUUCAUUUUUCAGAUUAAAAAAAUACUGGCAAGA